CUAAUGGCAGGAUCCUUGAUUUUCUUUUUAUUCUAAGCCCAAAUAAGUUUCAUUCCUAAUAUUUUAUUUUAUUAAACCUAUCUCUAGCAUAGUAAGAAAGAUAGCCCUUCCUUUCCUCCACCAUCUCCUCUUCUUCGGCACAUUCUGGCCUGUUUUCGAUGUCGGCAUUAACUACGGAACCCUUGGAACCAACCUUCCUUCACCCAAGAAAGUAGCUUAGCUCCUCCAAUCCACCUUACUUGAUAAGGUCAAAAUCUACGACACCAAUCCGGAAAUCCUCGAAGCCUUCUGCAACACCGCCAUUGAUCUUGGGCUAGUUUUCACAUGGAAGCCGUAGAAAACCAGCAUGUUGCAAAUUUCAGCACCGACGUUUCCGCCGUCGACGAAUGGCUUGCCACCCGUGGCGUCCCCUUCAUUCCCGCCACCUCCACUGUAGUUAUCUGUGUCAAAAACGAGUACUUGACAACGAAUUCCGGUCGACGCACUGGUGCAUGCAAUGCAGAACCCAUUUGGGGCUUGUAACUCGUGGGCUCGACCGAAAAAUUUAGGUCACCACGCAGCACAGCAUGGCGGUUCUCGCCUUGGGUUUUUGGCCGAUACCGGUGCGCUGUUCAUGAUUAAUGCUUACCCAUAUUUUGCCUGCAAGGAAAACCUCAGUGCCGUCGAUUUAGAAUAUGCUUUGCUCGGAAAUGCCACCGCCGUCCAUGACCCAAAAGGGUAUAUCUACAACAACAUGCUGGAUGCUCAAAUUGAUGCAAUUAGAUCGACAAUAAACGCUCUGGGGUUUGGUAAUCAGACAAUCGAGAUCACAAUUUCGGAGUCUGGGUAGCCGUUAAAAGGGGCUCUUGGUGACGCCGCCGCCACGCCGGACAAUGCAAAGAAAUAUAAAACUCAGUUGAUCGAACGAGCACAGUCCAACAAAGGGACAAACUAAGUUUUCUAAGGUCUAUCCUUUUUCUUCAAGAAUCCCCAGAGGCACCAAGAUUCCAUCUAAGAGCAGCUCCUUCUCAACCCAAUGCAUUUCUAAGAGGCUAGAAGUAGCUAAGUUUCUAGUCUCCGUUCCAACUCUUGCGUGACAUAUGCUACAAAUGCCAGAGGAACUUCUUUUUUUUGAGGUGGUGGCUGCUUAGCUUACUCCUAAGGUUGAUUGCCUACUUCAGCCUUCUGAUCUUUUUGGAAUUUUCUUUCUUGUUUUAUGCUUGUGCACAGAGAUUAGACCAUUCAUAGUAAUAUCUUUCUAAGAAUUAUUUAGUGCUUUCUUGCAAAAUUGGGCACAAUUAAGUUGUUCUGGAGUU